AUGUCGACCUUGGACGUGAAGGAUAUUGAGACUGGACCGGGUCGCCGGGUCGAAGAAGAUGGAGGCAUGUGGGAGAAUGAUAUCGUGAAGACACCUUCCGUGGAGAAGGACCCCUUUGGAAAUGAAGCUGUUGGAGAGGUUCACUAUAAGACUCUCGACUGGUGGCAAUCUGGCAUGCUGAUGAUCGCCGAGACUGUGUCACUGGGUGUUUUGUCUCUUCCCGCCACCGUGGCUGAGGUUGGCUUGAUCCCUGCCAUCAUCCUCAUCGUCGGCAUGGGCAUCAUCGCCACCUACUCUGGCUAUGUCAUUGGACAGUUUCGGGCCAGGUAUCCCUUCAUCCACAGCAUGGCUGAUGCCGGUGAAGUCUUGUGUGGCCGCUACGGUCGCAUGUUCACGGAAUUCGCUCAGCUGGUGUUCUUCAUGUUCGCGUCUGGUAGUCACUUGGUGACCUUCACUGUCAUGAUGAACACCCUUACCAACCACGGAACCUGCUCUGUCGUGUUUGGUGUCGUCGGCUUGGUGCUUUCCUUCGCCUGCUCUCUCCCUCGUACCAUGAAGAACGUUUCAUGGCUGGCCGUGACUUCCUUCAUCAGUAUUUUCUCGGCUGUCUUGAUCACCAUGAUUGGAGUCGCUGUUGAACACCCGCACCCUGCGCCCAUGCAGCUCACCCGCUCGACUUCUUUCGUCAAGGGCUUCUCAGCUGUCACCAACAUCGCUUUUGCCUACUGUGGUCAUCCUGCCUUCUUCGGUUUCAUCGCUGAGAUGAAGGAUCCCAAGGACUUCCCCAAGUCCCUCUGCAUGUUGCAGGGCUUUGAAAUCGUCUUCUACACGGUCGCAUCCGCCGUCAUCUAUCGCUACGCCGGUCAGAACGUCACUUCCCCCGCCCUGGGCUCCGCCGGUAUCAUCGUCCGUAAGGUCGCCUAUGGCAUUGCCAUUCCCACCAUCGUCAUCGCGGGUGUCGUCCUGGGACACGUUGCCAUCAAGAACGUCUACGUCCGCCUGUUCCGCGGUACGGAUGUCAUGCACAAGCGCAGUGCCCUGGGUGUCGGUGCCUGGAUUGGACUUGCUGCGGGCUACUGGAUCAUCGCCUGGGUGAUUGCCGAGGCCAUCCCUGUCUUUAGCGAUCUUGUCAGCUUGGUCAGCGCAUUGUUUGCUAGUUGGUUUUCAUUCGGUCUGCCCGGUGUCUUCUGGCUGUACAUGUACUGGGGCAACUACUUCACCUCUGUCCGCAAAACGCUCCUUACCCUCGCCAACUUGGCCUUGUUCGGCAUUGGCGCCACCAUCUGUGUCUGUGGUCUCUGGGUCUCCGGACUCUCGAUCUCCAGUGACAGCUCUGGCAGCAGCUUCUCCUGCGCCAAUAAUGCCUAA